AUGGAGACUGUGGUGAUCGUUGCCAUAGGCGUGCUGGCCACCAUCUUUCUGGCCUCGUUCGCAGCCUUAGUGGUGGUUUGCAGGCAGCGGUAUUGCCGACCUCGACCCCGGGACCUGCUGCAGCGCUAUGAUUCCAAGCCCAUUGUGGACCUCAUUGGUGCCAUGGAGACCCAGUCGGAGCCCUCUGAGCUAGAACUGGACGACGUCGUCAUCACCAACCCCCACAUCGAGGCCAUUCUGGAGAACGAAGACUGGAUCGAGGAUGCCUCGGGUCUCAUGUCCCACUGCAUUGCCAUCUUGAAGAUCUGUCACACUCUGACGGAAAAGCUUGUUGCCAUGACAAUGGGCUCCGGGGCCAAGAUGAAGACUUCGGCCAGCGUCAGUGACAUCAUCGUGGUGGCCAAGCGGAUCAGCCCCAGAGUGGACGAUGUGGUGAAGUCCAUGUACCCGCCGCUGGACCCGAAGCUCCUGGAUGCACGGACAACGGCCCUGCUCCUGUCUGUCAGCCAUCUGGUGCUGGUGACCAGGAAUGCCUGCCACCUGACCGGGGGCCUGGAUUGGGUGGACCAGUCGCUGUCCGCUGCUGAGGAGCACCUGGAAGUCCUUCGAGAAGCAGCCCUGGCCUCCGAGCCAGAGAAAGGCCCCCCUGGCCCUGAGGGCUUCCUGCAGGAGCAGUCGGCCAUCUAG